UAGAAGUAGAACCAGAACUAGGCUAGACUAGAUCGGCAUCUGAUUCUCACCUCGUCUCGUCGGAGGCGGCCAUGUCGUCGUCUCCCUCCGCCGACCUGCUCGCCUCCGCCUCCUCCGCUCUCGCCGUCCUCCUCGUGCUCCUCGCCUGCGUCGAGCUCGGCGACGCCGCCGCCGCCGUCGGCGUCUACCGCCUCAUCCAGUACGACCUCGCCGGCGCCCCGCUCGGCUCCCGCGCCGCCUCCCUCAACCACCACGCCGCCGCGCUCCCUCUCCCCGCAGGCGCCGACCUCUCCCGCUCCGCGCUCGUCGCCCCUCUCCUCGAUCUCCCGCUCGCCUUCCUCCGCGAGUACUUGGCGGAGAAAAAACACCUGGGAGGCUUGCUCAUUUUGCUUCCUAAGAAGCUCAACGAUGAGGAUGCCUCGGCCAACAGUGAGGGCAAGGGACAAGUGAAGAGUUCUCUGGCCGAGCUGGAGAAGUUGCUCUUGCAUGAAGAAGUGCCAUAUCCAGUCUACUUCGCUUUCCAGGAUGACCAUUUUGAUAACCUGCUAUCAGAUAUACGUAAAAUUGCCUCUUCAGGUCAGCCAGCCUCGGCAACAACUGGAGGUUACAAGCUUGUCGUCUCUACACCAGAACCUAGAAAAGUGCCAUCUCCAACCAUUUCAAAUAUCCAGGGAUGGUUACCUGGAUUGAAAGGAGAGGGCGAUACUGAACAGCUUCCAACUAUUGCCAUUGUUGCAAACUAUGAUACUUUUGGUGCUGCACCAGCACUUUCUGUCGGAAGCGACAGCAAUGGGAGUGGAGCUGUGGCUCUUCUAGAGAUCGCAAGACUAUUCUCACGCCUAUAUUCAAGUCCUAAGACCAGAGGCAAGUACAACCUUCUCUUUGGGUUAACAUCUGGUGGACCCUACAAUUACAACGGAACUAACAAGUGGCUUAGAGGUUUUGAUCAGCGUGUGCGUGAGACCAUUGACUAUGCAAUUUGCUUGAACAGUGUUGGUUCCUGGGACAAUGAACUCUGGAUGCAUGUAUCAAAGCCACCAGAAAACCCUUAUAUUAAACAAAUCUUUGAAGACUUUUCUGAUGUCUCUAAAGAAAUGGGUGUUUCAGUUGGAAUCAAGCACAAGAAGAUUAAUGUCUCAAAUCCUAGGGUUGCAUGGGAACAUGAGCAAUUCUCAAGAUUUAGGGUGACUGCACUAACUCUUUCGGAAUUGUCCUCCCCUCCUGAAUUUUUAGAAAGCACUGGUGGCCUAUAUGACAAUAGAGAAUCAGCAGGUGCUGAGUCAGUAAUUAGAACUGUCAGAUUAGUUUCUGAAAGUCUUGCGAGACACAUCUAUGGACUGAAAGGAAGGAAUAUUGAUGUUUUCGCGGAGAACAGCAGUUUAGCCAUCAAUCCUCACUACAUCCAGUCCUGGUUGGAUCUUCUAUCACAGACACCACGGGUUGCACCCUUUCUUCAGAAGAAUGAUCCCUUUAUAGCAGCACUAAAAAAGGAACUGUCUGAACACACUGCUGAUGUGCAUGUUCAAAGCGAUGUUCUUGAUGGCAUGUUCACAUUCUAUGAUGCAACAAAGGCAACUCUAAAUGUAUAUCAGGUUGCAAGUGUUACUUUUGAUCUGCUGUUCCUUCUCGUGAUUGGCUCCUAUCUAAUUAUUCUUUUCAGUUUCCUAGUAAUCACUACACGGGGUCUUGAUGAUCUCAUUAACAUAUUCCGGCGACCUCCGUCACGCAAAGUCAAGGGGGCAUAGGGUAGAUUGUGCUUUGUGUAUUAGUGUGUAUCCAGGAACGUGAUGCCUAGUUAGAAGAGCUAGACACCAGGACGACAGGCGAGACGACACAGCUCUCCACAGCAAAUAGACUUGUAAUUUCAAAAUUUUCAUGCUCUAGCCAACGUGAGUGGCUUCAGAUACUGCUAAGGCAAAAACAUUAUUUCUUUGCAUGCGACGAAUUUUGACAGAA